AUGGCAGAUACAGCUAUCAAUCCCGACGAUGAGGCCACCAAACGCUCCCUCAGACGGAAAAGACAUGCUAUGGAGAUUGAGCAACAGCGGUGUUGGGAACUCAAGAGAAACCUUGCACAGAUAUCAGCAGAAGUGGAGCUUCUGACACAGGAGGUGGCUCGAGCAAGGCACGCGUGCAUACCCCAGCAAGAACCGCCAAAGGAGCCCACACCUGCUGACAGGGAGCGUAUGGCGCAGCUGCAGAAGCUGAGACUGGCAGACAUCGUGAGCAAGCAGUGCAUGUCAGUCCUCAAGAGCAUCCUGGCGCACAAGUGGGCCUGGCCAUUUGCUGAUCCGGUGGAUUUAGCCCGGUAUGCAGACUACCUGAAUGUGGUCAAGAGCCCCAUGGACCUGAAGUGGGUGAAGAGGAAGGUGGAGGGCGGCCAGUACGCCACCCCUGCAGAGUUUGCGGCAGACUUCCGGCUAGUCUUUGCGAAUGCACAUACUUACAACCCGCCCGGCACUGACGUCUAUGUCAUGGCCAGCACCCUCCUCGCAAGGUUUGAGGACAAGUGGAACUCGGUGGUGGUGCCGAAGCUGAUCGAGGCGGAGGUGGCAAGCCGCAGCGAUGAGGCGGCUGUGCGCGAGCGCCUGAGCGAGAGCGCCAACGCGCGAGCCGGGGAAGCGCUGCGCGGCGAGGCGGCGCGCCUGAAGGGGCACUUUGAGACGCUCGAGGCGCGCAUUGCCGAGUCCAAGAGCCUCGCCGCUGCCGCCUGCCAGCCCAUGUCCAUUUCCGCAAAGAGGCAGCUGCUGGAGCAGAUGGCGCGGCUGAGCGGGGAGCAGUACGAGCAGGCGAUCGCCAUCAUUUUGGCGCGCUACCCGGGGGCCGCAAACAACGUUGGCGAGGAGCUGAAUUUGGACCUGAGCGUGGCGGAUGCGCUGACGCUGCGGCAGCUUCAGCACUUCUGCCACGUGUGCCUGCACCCGGCUGACCCGCCCACCUCUUGGCCCGGCCUGCUAGUCGGCACAGGCAUCCGCGCAUUCAAGGCUCCAGGCAAGCGCCACAGGGGGGCCUCGCGCCAGAACAGCGACACGGGGCUGAUGGGCCCGCCGCCGCCUGUGCAGGUUGCCGAUAGCAGCACCCCCAUCGGCACUCCCGGGCAGCUGCCACCCAUCCGAGUCUACACACCCAGCCCACUGGGCCUGUACCUGCCGCCCAAAGAGAGCACCUCCGCCUUCCCUCUCCCGGCUGCGCUGGGCAGUGCGGCACUGCAGCAGCAGAGGCAGCUGGCGGGUACGGGCGAGGCUGCAUCCCAGACGCCCACAGAGCAGAAUGUGACGCCAGACGGCUUCAAGGUGCCCCUGCCAAAGAAGCUGUCUGGGAACCAAGCAGCCGCCGUGCAGCAAGAGAGCUCAGGGGCUCCUGAGCAGCCCUCGUCCCAGACAGAUGCGAAAGGAAGCGAGGAUGCACCUGCGGCUCCAGAGCCCUUGCUGCCACAGCAACUGCUGGAGCCAGCCCCAGUUGCGAUGCAUGAUUGUGGGGAUCAGGAUCCUUCAGAGCCUCACCCGCCGGUUCAGCCGCAGCCAAUGGAUGAGGAUGCAGAUACCAAAAGUACUGGUGCUUGA